AUGGUCUACAUUGGAAAGCCGUCGAGAGCGUGUGCUCAUUGUAGGAGGAGAAAACUUCGAUGCGAUCUCCGUAAGGAAGCUUGCGGACAAUGUGUGAGGGCCGGUCUCAUCUGCACUGGCUACCGCGACCCGGAUCAACUCAGAAUCCGUGAUGAGAGCCAAUCCACAAAACAGAAGGCUUUGAUCGGUAAAUCACGUUCGGUCGUGACAUCUAGUUUGGUGGAUCAACAUGUCCAAGUUCCUCUGUCUGAGAUGGCGAGGGCGGCCUUCUUUUCCCACUAUGUAUCCGGAUUGGCCAAAACUUAUGAUGUUCUGGAACGAAUCGGUCACAAAUCCCCAUUGGACAAACACCUGGCCGUCAGUAUCGAUGCAGUUAGUUUAGCAUUUUUCUCUUUCCAGUAUUACUCCACACAAGCUUCUCGAUUUGCUCGAGAACAGUAUCUAUCUGCUCUCCCACUGGUGAAUCGAGCAGUUGGGACGCCUGAAGUCCUCGCCAGUGAUUCGACGUUGCUAGCAGUCCUUUUCCUCGACUUGUUCGAAAAGAUAAUGAACAACAAUCCCCGGUCAUCUGACUCGUGGAUGAGUCAUGUCAAAGGUGCCAUGGCGCUCCUCAAGUUCCGCGAUUCAAAGCAGCUGAAAACUUAUAUUGGCUUAAGGCUGUCAGUACGUCUUUUCACCAACAUGUUGAUCAGUUGCGUCGCGGCUGACUCUCCUGUUCCACCUGCAUUAAUUAAACUUCGGACUGAUCUGGAGCCCUACUUGGACAAAAACGAUCCAAAAUGGCAAGUUUCUGGGCUCGUUGUUAAGUAUGCUGAUCUUCGAGGAGCAAUACAGAAUGGAUGCCUCUCGUCUCCAGACAUCAUCGCACGCGCAAAACGGCUUGACAAUGAAUUCAGCUCACUCCUCAGAAAUUUGCCACCGUCUUGGAUUUACCAGAGGAUCUUUCUCCCGAAGCAAUCGAAUCAGGCCCUUGCGCCGUAUUACGAUGUAUAUCCGGACUAUUUCACAGCUCAGACACGCAACGUCGUACGGAUCAUGAGAAUCCUCUUGAACGACAUGAUCCGGAAGAACAAUGUGGACAUAGCAUUGGACGUCGAUCAUUCUUGUUUCAACUCUUUUCAGGCACAAUUCGCUUCUCGGAUAAUUGAUGCCAUGGCCAAAGAAAUUUGCUCAACGGGACCACAGUUCUCAGGUGUCGGAAAUUUGCCUCACAGAAUUGACGAGUUCUCGCCAAUUCGAAAGCUGCAUUGCUACACCCUCCUGUUUCCAUACUAUGUGGCUGGCAUGUAUGCAAGUCCUGAGGCCGAGGUUCGGAGCUGGGUGAUCAAUCAAUUGAGAUUCAUAUCGAGCAAUUCAAGUAUCAAAAACGCAAGUCUCGUUGCUGACAUGCUAGAGAGCGCAGAACAACCUUCUCCGUGGUCUGUCUAUGCCAUGCUGGGAAGCUACGCAUUCGCAGCUUAG